AUGUGGCUUGCGAUGUACUUCAUCCUCAACCUAACCCUCACACUUCAUAACAAAGCUGUUCUCGUUGAUUUGCCUUAUCCUUAUGUUCUCACCGCCGUCCAUUCUUUGUGUAGCACCUUAGGUGCGCUCAUCAUGCGUCGGAAAGGCUUUUACACUCCUUCAAGGCUGGGUUUGAGGGAAAACGUUCUGCUCCUCGCCUUCAGCACGCUCUAUUCUCUGAACGUUGCUGUAAGCAAUGUCUCCUUGAAGAUGGUCUCAGUUCCCUUCCACCAGGUUGUGAGAUCUACGACUCCUGCUUUCGUCUUGAUGCUGUCAUACUGGUUUCUUCACUCCACCUGGGGCCGGUCACAGUUGAUAUCCCUCCUUUUGGUUAUUACGGGGGUCACGAUAGCCACCUUCGGCGACUACAGUUGCACGCUGGCCGGCUUCGUUCUUACGUUAAUCGGAACUUUCCUAGCUGCACUGAAAGCGUUGAUGACCGGUCUUAUCCAGUCCCGACAAUCCGAUAAACCCGACAUAGCUCCUCAAUCUAAUCGGCCGUGUUGUGUUGAGUCGCUGCGUCUCGGCCUCCACCCGUAUGACCUCCUGGCACGCAUGUCACCGUUAGCUCUUGUUCAAUGCCUUUGUUAUGCACACUACUCUGGAGAACUCAUACAUGUGGCCGAGAAUGCAAGCUACGGCACGGUAAUUAUCUUGCUUGCGAAUGGUAUCAUCGCAUUUGCCUUGAACGUCGUCAGCUUCACUGCGAACAAGAAGACAAGCGCACUGAGCAUGACCGUCGCAGCCAAUGUUAAGCAGGUGCUGACGAUUAUGCUUGCUGUCUUCAUAUUCGGGUUGUCGAUUUCACCCCUCAACAUUAUCGGGAUCGCUGUGACUCUACUAGGCGGCGCAUGCUACGCUUGGGCCCAGUUAUGCGAACGCACUUAUUGUAUCGCUAUCCCCAUCCUUGGCAUGUAG